GGGGCGCGGGCCUCAGCCCCUCUCGCGGAGCCGGAGAUCCUUCUCAGCGGCGGAAGUUCCGGCGUCGCCGAGGGUCAGAGGUCAGCAGGAAGUCGAUACGUGGCCGCCGCCUGUCCCCCGCCGAGGAGGCGCAGCAGCCGGAGAUGGCGGCGGUGCUGAACGCAGAGCGGCUCGAGGUCUCGGUCGACGGCCUCACGCUGAGCCCGGACCCGGAGGAGCGGCCCGGCGCGGAGGGCGCCCCGCUGCUGCCGCCGCCGCUGCCGCCGCCCUCUCCUCCCGGGGCGGGCCGGGGGCCGGGCGCCGCAGGGCAGCAGCCGGAGCCCGGGGAGGCGGCGGCCGGGGGCGCGGCGGAGGAGGCGCGGCGGCUGGAGCAGCGCUGGGGCUUCGGCCUGGAGGAGCUGUACGGCCUGGCGCUGCGCUUCUUCAAAGAAAAAGAUGGCAAAGCCUUUCAUCCAACUUACGAAGAAAAACUGAAGCUUGUGGCACUGCAUAAGCAGGUUCUUAUGGGUCCAUAUAAUCCAGACACUUGUCCUGAGGUUGGAUUCUUUGAUGUGUUGGGGAAUGACAGGAGGAGAGAGUGGGCGGCCCUGGGAAAUACCUCUAAAGAGGACGCCAUGGUAGAGUUUGUCGAGCUCCUGAACAGGUGUUGCCAUCUCUUCUCCACGUACGUCGCGUCCCACAAAAUCGAGAAGGAGGAGCAAGAAAAGAAAAGGAAGGAGGAGGAGGAGCGAAGGCGGCGGGAAGAAGAGGAGCGAGAGCGAGUGCAGAAGGAGGAGGAGAAGCGCAGGAGAGAGGAGGAGGAGCGGCUUCGGCGGGAGGAGGAAGAGCGGCGGCGGCUGGAGGAGGAGCGGCUGCGGCUGGAACAGCAGAAGCAGCAGAUCAUGGCGGCGCUGAACUCGCAGACGGCCGCGCAGUUCCGGCAGUACGCGGCGCAGCAGUACCCGGGCAGCUCGGAGCAGCAGCAGCUCCUGGUGCGCCAGCUGCAGGAGCAGCACUACCAGCAGUACAUGCAGCAGCUGUACCAGGCGCAGCUGGCCCAGCAGCAGGCGGCGCUCCAGAAGCAGCAGGAGGUAGCGGUUGGGGGAGCCGCUUUGCCUACACCGGCAAAGGUGAACGCAGCUGUGGCGAGUGAUAGGACGUCGGUUAACGGACAGGCCAAAGCCCACACGGACAGCUCCGAGAAAGACCUCGAACCAGAAGCUGCAGAAGAAGCCGUGGAGAAUGGACCAAAAGAAUCUCUUCCAGUAAUAGCAGCUCCGUCCAUGUGGACACGACCCCAGAUCAAAGACUUCAAAGAGAAGAUUCGGCAGGACGCGGACUCCGUGAUUACGGUGGGCCGAGGAGAAGUGGUCACCGUUCGCGUCCCCACCCACGAAGAGGGAUCGUAUCUCUUUUGGGAAUUUGCUACAGACAAUUAUGACAUUGGAUUUGGGGUGUACUUUGAAUGGACAGACUCUCCAAACACUGCUGUCAGCGUGCACGUCAGCGAGUCCAGUGACGACGACGAGGAGGAGGAAGAGAACGUCAGCAGUGAGGAGAGAGCCAGAAAGAACGCCACCAAGCCCCUGCUGGACGAGGUCGUGCCUGUGUACCGGCGGGACUGUCACGAGGAGGUGUAUGCCGGCAGCCACCAAUACCCAGGGAGAGGAGUCUACCUCCUCAAGUUUGACAACUCCUACUCUUUGUGGAGGUCAAAGUCGGUCUACUACAGAGUCUAUUAUACUAGAUAAAGAUGGUGUCGCAGAGUCCGGAGUCUAGGGUUGGGCAGAAGACGGCACUUGGUUCGGAAUUUCUUUUGACUUUUGUGGAGCAUUGCAGUCGGCGUCUCCCCUUUUGAUUUUGGUCUGAUGGUCCGUGAACUCUUGUCGGGACUCGGGGUUUCCUUGAGACUCUAGCAUUAAUCCUCUGGGGUUAGAGGGAGUCCUCAGACCCGUCUGGCCCUUGGGUGCUGACCGGCAGGGUCGCUAGUGGAUGCAGAAGUUACGCGAGCUACGUGUGAAAUCUAUAAGGUCUCCGAAAUAAAACCUCCCCGCGUUGACCCCACCCGGCUGACGGUGAGUCCAUUGCUGCCCGCCGCGUGCGGUUGACGAGAGCCCGUGGUCACGGUGACCUCGGAUCGGAAAUCCUUACGUUCGCAGUCUGCCUGAGGUGCAGCUGACUUGGACGAAGGUCAUCGUUUUGAAAUGAAGGUCAUCGUUUUGAAAACUUACAGACUCAAGACCCCACAGGUUAUAAUAGCAAAGUUGCCUCGAUUCGCUUUUGUUCUGAACGACCCAGAUUGUCUUUGCGUUGAGUACGGCCGUCUAGUUCAGAGGCCUAUUACAGAGAAGUAUUUUCCGAGAUAAUCUUAAGGACGUUCAAAGCCGAUUGGUAAUUGAACCGUCAAGACACACACAACACCUCAGAGGUCCAUGUUGUUAGCAGGCCUCUGCAAACUCGGGUCCUUUUCUCUCCCUCCGGGACUCCCCCCUGCCGGUGACAAAGCAGAGUUAAUUCAUUUUUGUCUCGAUUUGGCUUUAUAGAGCAUCUCAAAUGGAACCUGUUUUCUACACGAGCAUAUAGUUAGGGGGUUUUGUAAACUCAAAUUGACACCUACUGAAUUAAAGUGUGUAAAAUCACUUCAGUACAAUUGAGUGUAUGGGGAAUAACGUUGCACUAAAAGGAAAUCACUGCCAGAGACAGUCCAUUUUCCUUCCCUGUGUUCAUGCUUGGGCACAAACCCUACCCAGUUCCGGUGGGGAAUUGCGUACUGGAGAGAAUUGGAAAAACAGACGCCUGUGCUUAAAUUGUUUUAUAGCUUUAAUCUGCAUUAUGUCUUUGUAGAUGGGAAGAGGACCUCUUCGCGUCCCUUACCGAGAACAUAUAUGGAUACACAGCCGCAAGUUGGUAGAAGUGAUGGACUAGCGUAGAGAUCCUUGUUUUCGGGAGGGAGGGGGUUGUAGCUAGAACGUGACCGAGACGGCACUACACACGAAACGUUACUGGAUGUUGUUACUGAAAUACUUAGAUUUUUAGAUUUUUAAAACUUCAGAUCUUAAAUCACUUCUUGUAGGAGGGUCUCCGUUGAUUAAGCUGCGUUCUAUACAGUUCACUACGCGAGGGGCUGUUUGUCGUGCGUGCGUCUCUUUUCUGGUUUUUAAUACCUGGUUUUGUACAUACCUAACCCUCUUCUCUUUUGGUUAUUUGGAAACUGGAUUAUUUUCUCCUCUGAGCAGUGCUUGAUUUGUGUUCUUUAAUUUGGAUUCACUGGUUCCAGCUCAAAGACGUCCACACCGUUCUGUCCAGAACACGUUCAGGCUGUCCAUGCACGUGCGCGUACAUACGGUAGAGGAACCGUGGGGUUAGGCGCUUCUUGGCUUUUUUUUUUUUUUU